AUGUCAGAUCCUGAAGUUUCCGAGGAAUCCGAUUAUCAGUCACUGUCAGUUGACGAACUCUUCCAAAAAGGGAAAUCCCUAUUUAAGGACAAGAAAUACCUGGAAUCCUCAGAUUUUUUUUCCAGAGCACUGGAAAAGAAGUCAGGAGACGAUCCACUCAACUACUCGCUGAGGAAUUAUUACCUUUGGUACGCAGAUUCACUACUAACAAAUGAGGAACAAAGCUCUAAUAUUUUUUCGUCAAACGUAAAUGAAGGGUCUAAUAGCACACUACCAUCAGCAGAAACUGUUUUGGAAGCGGCUAAAACUGAUGAAAAUAACCAAAAUGAUGAAAUGUUGGCGUUUGAAAUGUUUCAAUUUGCUUUCGAGUGUUUUAUGAAUUAUUUCAAGCAUUUGGAAAAUAAUAACAAGGCGCCAGAACAAGAGGAUGUACUUGACGCAUCAUAUUGUUUACUGAGGCUGGGUGAUAUGUUUUUCACAAAUCAUCAGUUUGAAGAGUCAUCCAAGGAUUACGAAAGGGCGAUAAAGCUGAGAGAAGAGAAUGGGCUUUCAGCAAAACAUUUGGCCUCGCUGUACAUAUCGUUAGCUCAGAGUCAGAUGUUUAACGGGAAAUUGAAGGAGUCUCUGGAAACCUUUAAUAAGAGUAGAGAACUGUUAAGAGAGUUGUUGGAAGGAGAAGAAGGAAGUAAGGAGGUGCUAAAAAACACACUGGAGGACGUUACAAUACAAAUGGAGGACCUAGAGAAGCUAAUUAGCGAAUCUUCGAAUACAAAUAACGAAGUUUCGAAGGGAAGUCAAAGUAAUGCAGCUUCACUCAUUCCUAAAACCACGGUAUACACUUAG